GGAAACUCCUGAAGUCUCGGUAUAAAAACCACAAAUACUUGAGACGAGCUGAUCAGUAGACUUCAGUUUUCUUCAAGACAUCACAGGAAGUUGGAGAGGAGAUGAUGCCGUCAGCAAUGAAUGUUUAUUUCUCUGCCGUCCUGUCAGUGUGGAUCUGUCAGCUGGAUGCCGUGCCUCUUUACAGCAGUAUGGGUGAAUUACCUGAAAUAUCUGGAGAUGAAGUUCAGGAGGUGAAUGUACAGGCUCCGACCGAACAAGAGAGAUGGCACCGGAUGGCCAAACAACUACAAAAUGAUGUGAAAACUCUGAGAGAUGAACAGUUUAUCCGAGAUUUCGGAGAAACGGUCAAUAUGAGUUUAUUUGAGAGUGAAAGAAUCAACACUCCAGUCUUUAAAGCAUCGGAUGGGUGUUAUCUCAAAAACUUCAGUACGGAAAGGUGUCUGGGGCGUAUUUACAACGUCCUGAUGUGGUACAAAGAGAAUCUGAAUUACAUCGAGAGGGAAAAUCGGACCACAACCCUGAUGAAUAAUGUCAAACAUGAGAUGAAACGAUUGCUGGAGUCUAUUAACAGCCAGCUUCAGUCAAAAGAUGUGCAAGUUGAAGACAUCUCAAGUUCUCUGCACGCCAAGUCUGCAUGGACACAGAAGACGGUUACACACUCCAUCUUAUUCAACUUAACAAAUGUGAUGAUCGAUACGUGCAGAGCUAUCCCUUACCUCAGCAAAUCUAAAGCUGGACACAGUCAGCGGACAAAGAACAAAAAGAAAACCGACGAUUGGAUCUCAGACAAAAACUAGAAGCAGAACCAUUUAUUUAGGGGUCCAAUUUGAUUGUGUUCGAUUUAUUUUUUUUAAAUUAAUCUAUUUAUUUUACUUGGAUGAAUGUUUUAUGAAGCUUACAAUUGUUAUCAUUUUUAUUUGUACUAGUCAAUGAUAAAAAACUUGAAAGACCUGGGUGGUACCCUAACAGCUCCAAACAUUUGAUAAAACUUGAGAGCUUGUUAUUUACUAAGGGGAUGGUAACUUAAUAUUUAUUGUAAUGUUUUUAUAUUAAUAGUGUUAAAUCUGAUGCUAUUUAUAAAUAUUUAUAUUUGUUUUUAUCUUUAUUUACGGUGUAUCAGGUUUUAAAUUAUUUAAAAUAUUGACAAAUGUAUGAAUGUUUGUACAUUGAGAAGUUUAGAAAGUAUUAACUA